AAAUCAUAAAUUAACAGUUUUACUCAUGUAAAAAUAUACUUUUACAACUUUAUUAUUUUACUAAAAAUUUGACUUUUUUUCAUAAUUUUAACAUUUUAUUUCUGUUAAAUUUGAAUUUUUUUCCCACGUAAUUAUAUUAUUCCUGGAAGAUUUUGAUUUUUUUUCUCCUAAUUUAAGACUAUUUUUAAAAAGAUUUUUUUUUUUAACUACUGUACAACUUUAUUUUUGGUUAAUUUGUUUUUUUUCUCAGUUUCAUUAAUAUUCUUGUGAGAUUUUUUAUUCUUAUGACUUUACAACUUUGUUGUAAAAGUUUGACUUUUUUUUUCAUAAUUUAAACAUUUUAUUUCCUUCAAAUCUUAAUUAUGUUAUUCUCAUUAAAGAUUUUGACUUGUUUUCCUCAUAGUUUAGUUUUUUUACAAGAUUGCACAUUUAAUUUAGUAAAACUUUGAUUUUAUUUAAAUCUUUUUUCCCUUCAUCGAAACACUUUAUUUGUUUGGUAAAUUUCUUUUUUUUUUGUCAGUUUAAUUUUCAGUCUUUAUUCCCAGUAAUUUUUUUACUUUUUUUCUCUUAAAAUUUCAGGACUUCAUUCUCAUUUAAUUUGCCCUGAUCCUCUGUUGUUGUUCACCUUUCUUUAUUUGUUGUUUUACUUCCUCUUUUCUUUCACCCGGUGAUUCUCGUCACCUUCACACAGCCUUAAGGAAAUCAAACGACACUUUCAAGAUUUCCGGCGUCCAAACCUUUUGUUUUCUAGAGGAAGAGUCGUCAUCGUUUUGUUGCCUUCAUGAAGUCGGACUGAAGCUGGAACACUUGAAAAUGUUGAAGUCGUUUCUCUGGGACCACAGGACGGAGCCGGUUCAUUACUGCUCUCUGUGCAAAUGGAGCAUUGUGGGUAAUUUCAGCACUAAAGAGUCUGGAUGUAAAGAUUUCAUUUUGUACAGAUGCUGCCUCUGUUCUGGUCUGCCCUCCUGUUUCUGUCUUCUUUUAACCCUAAUAUUCACAAUAAAUUUAGGCCAAAUGUACAGAAGAAAACCUGUGGGUUCUCUUUGUUUCUUUACUGAACGUCUGGUGUUGAUGUGUAGAUUGAUCUUUAUUUACUGACCAACCAAGAAAUUGUUUGUCUUUAAAGAAUAUUUGUCUAAAGAGUUUACAAAAAUUGCAAUGAAAGCUUAAACAAAAACUCUUUAAGUUGUAUUUUCCACAAUAUCACUUUUAUUGUGCUUCCCUAAACCACAUCUAUUGUUUUAUGGCUUAUAAUUCGAUGUUAGCUGAUUUAUUUUAAAAGAUAAAUAAGAGUUCAAUCAUGAACUUUUUUAAAGCAAAUUUUAAUGAACAAAAUUUGCUGGAAAUUUUUCUUUGUAUAUAAUAAUUGUAAAAUAAUUGUGCAUGAAAUGAAUUAAGCACAAAUAUCAGUCAAAUACAGACAAAUCAGACAUAUCUCAAAAAGACUUUUGGUCAAAAGUUCAUUCAGUUAAUCACUUAAAAUGUAUAUAGUGAUGCAUGUAGGAAAAUAAACUUGUUUAUGAAUCAUUUUUAUUAUGAGGUGUGUCAUUCCUCAUGUUGACCACUAGAGGGAGACAUUUGUGUUGUAAAUUGAGUUUCUGAAGUUUAGACUGAAAAACUUUUACAUUUUUGUAAUCAGACGAUGUUUUAUUGUAAAUGUCCGAUCAGGUUCCAUGCUCAGGCUCUGUUCUCUCUCUGAAAUUAUGGGAUGUCUUUCGUUUUUGGGCUCAUAAAACGACCAGCGUGACUUCUUCAUUACCCAGCAGUAAAAACUCUGAGGCUGCAGAGUAAGCAGGCUGAGCGAGCAGAGUCCAGCCGCCGCCGCCUCCGGUCUCUGGCGGUGAUGAUCGUCUCCAGCUGCUCGCCGACCAUGCUGUCGGGGAAGACGGUCAAGCUGCUCCUGUACGAGGGGCUGCAGUUCGCCGCUCUGGUCGUGCCCGUCUUCGUGGUCAUGGAGAGGUUCGCCCGGGUCAUACGCGUCGUGAGGGGGUGGGAUGAGACCGCGUACUGGCUGGUGGUGGCGGCCUCCAUCGCCUACGUGACCUCUGUGACCCUGCUGGUGUGGGCUCCUCUGAAGUACGUGACCCUGAAGAAGAGGAGGGUCAUCGCAGAGAUCACACAGUGGCGGCCCACGGCGCUGGCGUACCUCCUCCUCAGCACGCUGCCGUGUUUUGCCGUCAUGGUCGCUGGCUACAAGGUCCAGAUGGACAGUGGGCUCUACAGCGACCCGUUCACAGAGCUGCCCGUUUCCUUGGUUCUGUUCUGUCUCAUCUGUGUGGACGUCGUCGAGAGGAUCCGCCCGUGGAGGCUCAUGGGAAAAUCGGACUCCUUUGACCCGGACGGGGACGUGUUGGGCCCCGUCCCGCCCCACCUGGAGCGGGUGACCACGGUGUCGGCGCAGCUGCCGGCCGAUGGCGGUCAGGAGGAGUCGGUCAGCAACGGCGGCCCCCCCGGCAGAUGGUCGGAGCACGCCGACUCGUCCAGGCCUCCUUCUCUGAGCGCGCGCACGUACCCCGCGUCCUACCUGUACUCCUCCUCCUCCCUGCGACCUUUGACCUACUCUGGGCCCCUGCGCGUCCUGUGGAGGCGGGACGGCCGGGCGGAGCUGUUCGUGGGCAGCUUUCUGUUCUGGUUGGACACGGUGGAGAUGCUGAGGUCAGCAGGUCAGCCGUCGGUCUUUGGGACAGCCUGGGUGUUCCCGGUCUACAUCCUGACCUUCCUCUCGGCUCUGCGGGUCGUCAUCGCUCCUCAGAGCGCCCUGCUGUCUCUGGCGGGAGUCGCUCUGCAGGAUUUCCCGUUCUUCGUCCUCCGCUUCGCUCUGAUGGUGGCGUUCGGCUUCGUCACGCCGGUGCUCUAUCUCCUGAAGAAUCUCCUGGUGUGUCUCUCCUACGGAUACUUCACGUGGCUGUCCAGACUGACGCCCUUCAGAGGACACAGCAUGUUCUAGAGGUUUUUCAACUGAAAAGUUCUGUAAAUGUGUUCAUCCUAAUCUCAGAAUUUAGAGCUCAAGAUCCUUUUUUAUGUUGUUAUAUUUAUUUAUCGUUUAUUGGCUACAUUUGACUGUUUUAUGGCAAAGAGGAACACGAUGUCAAACAUCAUAAAUCAUUUUUAUCUGCUGUCAACAGUUUUAUGCUCAAUUUCUCCAAUUUUUCAGGGGUGGAAAAUUAAAGAUAAUUCUGCUUUUUUUUACUCAAAGAAGUUUCCUCUGAUUAUUCUGAUCAAAGUUUCAGUUAAACUUGAUUUAUUAAACUUCAG